UUUUCUUCGAUAUGUCCACCGGCAAAGAGAACACAUCUGUCUCAUAUAGAGUAAUGAAGGGUGCGAAGCCUUUUAUUUGCGGAGGAUGCUCUGCUUGUUUUGCUUCUUUCUGCGUGCAACCUAUCGAUUUGAUCAAGACCCGUAUUCAGGUCGUGGGUAAGGCUCAGAACAUUGGUGCCGUCACCAUUGCCAAGAACCUCAUUAAGAACGAGGGAGUGAUGAAGCUCUAUGCCGGUCUGUCUGCUUCUCUGAUGAGACAGGCUAUUUACGGAACGGCUCGUCUGGGUCUCCACCGUGUUUUCUCGAACUAUCUGAAGGAGCGCAACAAUGGCACUCUCACUUUCUGGAUGUCCACUACCUCCUCUCUGACCUCUGGAGCUCUGGCUGGUAUCAUUGGUAACCCCUUCGAUCUUUCGAUGGUGCGUAUGCAGGCUGAUGGUCUUCUCCCUGUGGAGCAGAGACGUGGUUACAGCAACUGCUUCACUGCCCUGUACCGUAUCACCAAGGAGGAGGGACUGAUGACCCUGUGGCGUGGAAGUCUGCCCAUGAUCAUGCGUGCCAUGGCUAUGAACUUCGGAAUGUUGGCUUCGUACGAUCUGUCCAGACAGUUCAUCGUGAAACACAACGGCGAGGGUAUGGUCACGAACCUGCUGGCUUCCGCCGUGUCUGGUUUCUGCUACCCGUCUGAUGAACAUGCGUCCCGAUCCGGUGACCAACGAGAUGCCUUACAAGAACCUGCUCGACUGCUUCGUGAAGGUGCUGAAGAACGAGGGCUUGUUCGCGUUCUGGAGAGGUUUCUUCACUUACUACUUCCGUUGUGCUCCGCAUGCGAUGAUUAUCCUGCUCGUCAACGAGGCCAUUAA